AUAUAGGCCUCGGCCUGGCCUGCUGCAUCACCGCAGUUGUCGCUUGGGCUUCAGCCAGUGAUCAGCCGAGGAACGGAGGCCACGGCCCUGUCCGCGUUCCGUUCCACCCUCCCCACGUACCCCGCGCCGCCUCUCUGCGGCCGCCCGCUGAGCGCCGCCGCCGGCCUGGGCCCGCUCCCGCCUCCCUCCUCACCUCUCUAUGUGUCCGCGUCUGGCCGGCGCGAUGCGGCUGGGCCCGAGGCCCGCCACGCUGGGGCUGCUCCUGCUGUGCGCCGCGGCAGCCGGCGCCGGGGAUGCCGAGGAGUUGCACUACCCACAGGGCGAGCACCGCGCCGACUACGACCGCGAGGCGCUGCUGGGCGGCCAGGAAGAAGUCGAUGAAUAUGUUAAACUCACCCCCGAAGAGCAACACAAAAGACUGAAGUCAGUCAUAAAGAAAAUUGACUUGGACUCAGAUGGCUUUCUCACCGAAAGUGAACUCAGUUCAUGGAUUCAAAUGUCUUUUAAACAUUAUGCUAUGCAAGAAGCGAAACAACAGUUUGUUGAAUAUGAUAAAAACAGUGAUGGUAGUGUGUCGUGGGAUGAAUACAAUAUUCAGAUGUAUGAUCGUGUAAUCGACUUUGAUGAGAACACUGCUCUGGAUGAUGCAGAAGAGGAGUCUUUUAGGCAGCUUCAUUUAAAGGACAAGAAGCGAUUUGAAAAAGCUAACCAGGAUUCAGGUCCUGGUUUGAAUCUUGAAGAAUUUAUUGCUUUUGAGCAUCCUGAAGAAGUUGAUUACAUGACGGAAUUUGUCAUUCAAGAGGCUUUAGAAGAACAUGACAAAAAUGGUGAUGGAUUUGUUAGUUUGGAAGAAUUUCUUGGUGACUACAGGCGGGACCCAACAGCAAAUGAAGAUCCAGAGUGGAUACUCGUUGAGAAAGAUAGAUUCCUGAAUGAUUAUGACAAAGAUGCUGACGGCAGGCUUGAUCCCCAAGAGCUAUUGUCUUGGGUAGUACCCAAUAAUCAGGGCAUUGCACAAGAAGAGGCUCUUCAUCUAAUUGAUGAAAUGGAUUUGAACAGUGACAGAAAGCUGUCUGAAGCAGAGAUUCUGGAGAACCAGGACUUGUUUCUUACCAGCGAAGCCACAGAUUAUGGCAGACAGCUUCAUGAUGAAUAUUUCUAUCACGAUGAGCUUUAAUCCCUGGGUAUAUCUGAGUAGAGUACUGGCUCCUUUUAUAGUUUGUUACCAGCUUUACUUUUGUGAUAAAAUGUUGAUGUUAUAUUUUACAUUCUUAUGUCUUACCACAGUCAAGAUUAAUGUACAUUAAAAUUUUGGCCUUUUAGAAUAAACGUAAAACAAAAACCUGAUAUUUAUUUCAAAACGUAUUGAAGAAAUAAAACAAUAUUGUGCCAUAUGACAACAUAGUCUUUCCUAAAUAUUCCAUCUGUUUUAGUCCUGUAUUAUGGAAUAUUUGAGUUCUAUUUCCAUACUUGAAAAACUGGAGGAUUCUAGAGAUGGCUGAACAAUAUUAUUUAAGUAGUAUAUGACUGAGCUAUCAAUUUUUGUUUUAAGUAGAUUUAAUUUGGGAACUGACAGAAGGACAUUGUGUUUAGUUUUAGCAUUUUUGUUUUAAAACCUUUAAAGGAACCUUAGAAGGACUUAUGCCUCACAUGUUAAUGUUGAGAAGUUCUGCUUAAUUUUAAAAUGGUUUCUAUAAAAGGUUUUAUUGUAUGAAAUAGAACUUUAUAUUUUUGCAUAUGUAUAGAUAGUAAUUAUAUUUAAUGUGUAACUAUAGCAUUAUGGUGUGUGGAAUUUGACAUUGUCCAGAACUCUUUUCUUUUUUUUUUGACUGAUUAAAAAUGAAAUGUCCUAUCUUUUUA